AUGAUUCAGAAGCCCCAGUACAUGGCUGAUGCGUGGCGAGAGGCCCUAAUGAUACUGAAUGGCAAAGAAAAACUGACUACAAUCGAAAGUCUGUGUCAUUUGUACCAGACAGUUGAGACCACUAACCGGAAAGUACUGAGCAUGAUACAGGCAGAUCCUCAAAACAACUCGGAGAGGGCGGCAGCUGAGUUCCUGAAACGCUUUGUGAGAGGAAUGGAUAAAGCUCAACUGAAGUCUUUCUUGAGAUAUGUAACAGGCGCCGAUGUCAUCUGUUUACCAUGUAUUUCAGUCCAGUUUUCAACCUUAGAUGGAUUCGCUAGACGAUCCAUCGCACACUGA